AUGAGCCGAAUAAUUUGUAACCACCGCCACCAUUGUGAUCGCCACCUCUACUGCUUGCAAUAUCACCGCCAUCAACAACACCACUGCCAGAACCACUACCACCUCUCGACAACUAGUAACACUGUCAUCUCCAUGACAAACAAACCACCACUACUUUACCAUCACCACCACCACCUCCUCCUCAUCACCACAACCACCUAUAAACCACCAUUUUCAACAAAAACAUCACUGCAACCGCCAAAUCCAACAAAAUCGCCUCCACACAAACACCAUCACCACCGUCACAAAAUCAUAGCCACACAACCACCACACAAAAACAUCACUCAAAUCUGUUGCACCAUCGAGCCACCACAUCAACGACCAUCACAGCUAACAUCACCACCACCUCAUCACCGCCACAACUUAACACACAACCAAAAGAUAGGUCCAAAAACACCACCACAACAACAACCACCAUCGGCACCACCACCGCAUCACCACUAG